AUGUUCGUCGAAUUCGUGUCCGCGGCAGUGACCCACCCCAACAAAAUUCUAUUUACUCGCGCAAGUGAUCGAACGAUGGAGAACCAGGACGGUCAGGCAGUCGAAGUGAACGGAGAUGAGAAUCCACAGGCGAAGAUUAACAGAUUAGAGUUGGAAAAUAUUAAGAUGCGAGAAGAGUUUGAUGUACAAAGAGCUAAGAUGAAAGAAUUAUUCCUUCAGAAGGAAGAAGAAUUAAAAUGGAGACUGGAGGAAAACAUGGGCCUGCAAAAGGAAAAUCUCAGAUUGAAAAAUGAACUGGACGAAGCUAAGAGUCAACUGGUCGUUGCGGAUCUUAAAGUACAAAACGACAUAAUGAUGGAGAAAAGAAAAGCUCAAGAAGAGAUAGCAUCUUUGCAACAGGUUAUACAUGAAACGGUGGAGGAAUCUUCUUGUUCUAGAAAACAGCUUGUCAGUGACAUGUCCAAAUUACAACUAGCUCUUACUAAGCUUCAAGAAGAGAAUACACUGUUGAAAACGCAAUUGCCACGCGAUCCACCAGACGGACCACAAAUCUCCUUAUCUACAGUAACUAAGACAUUAGCUAGGAAAGUGGUUUCACAAUUAGGAGCUGAUUCCUUAUCUCUAGGCCCUGAUAAUUUAGAAGAAAGCAUGCGGAAGGCACAAGAAGACGCGGAGGUCUUACGUUCACUGGUUGUACCUCUUGAAGAAGAGAUAAAAGCUUUAAAAGAAAAGUUAAGGUCGACUGAUGACGAACUGCAAAAGUGUAAAGAAACUCUAGUGAAGAGACGGCAACAAGAGCCUGGCUCGUUUGAGCCAUCAUGUGAUAUGUGUGCGAAUUAUGAAGCACAAUUAGUCAAAGUAGAAGCGACUGCCAAGGAUUUGGAGAAGCAGGUGUUGGAUUCUCAGCGUAUGUUGCAAGCUCAAAAAGAGGAUCUAGCCAAGGAAGUCGAAUUUCGAAAGGAGAUGGAAGGGAAGUGGAACGAGAAGAAAGAAGAGCAUAAAAUCAAAGUUGCGGAACUCACAGUUACCUCGCAGACGGCGCAACAACACCUGGUAGAGUUAAAGAAAACUUAUGAACAAAUUCAAAGGAAUGUUUCGGAAGAGCUUUGUAAAUUGACGCGAGGCAGAGAAGAAGUACAGAGACACCUCACUAUGUUGCAGAAAGAAAAUGAGAAUCUUGUGGGUAAGCAUAGCAAGCACUCGCAACAGCUUCAAAGCGAAAGUAUAAACAUGCCAAAUACUGUCGAGGAAUUGCACAUUAGUCUUUUAAAGAUGCGGGAAGAUCUAAUUACAGCCAGAGUAGGUCAGGAAGUUGCGCAAGAGAAAGGAGAGACACUGCGAUACGAAGUUACUUUGCUGAGAGAACAAAUGGAGCAGGAAAGUAGGGUCAAGGAACAAGACAUUUCUGUUUUAAAGAAUGAAAUAAGUGGAUUGAGAGCGCAAUUAGACAAAUAUAUGAGAGAUCAUCGUACACUCGCCGAUCGAGAAGAGAAACUCGAUCGGCUCGAGAAACAACUGCAGGAACUUCAGAAAGAGAAAAAGGAUGCUGAAUUAGCCAUAACUGAACUACGACAAAGAGUUAUGAGUUUGCAACAAGAAUUAGAUACCAGUGAAGCAGUACAAAAGGAUUUUGUCAGAUUAUCACAAUCAUUGCAGGUACAACUGGAAAACAUUAGACAGGAAGACAGUGAAGUAAGAUGGCAACACGAAGAGGACGUCGAAGAAUGUCCCAACUGUCAUAACACGUUCUCAGUUACAAAAAAGAAGGUACAUUGUCGUCACUGUGGCCAUAUAUUUUGUCAGUCUUGCCUCACGCGCGUCGUGAACAGUGGCCCGAAACAAAGACCAUCCAGAGUCUGUGAUGUUUGUCAUACUUUAUUAGUGCGAGAUACUGCACCAUACUUCAGUCAAGAACCUCCACACACACCUACCUAGAUGUUCUAAAUUUAUGGGACUGUAAACGCAGUGAAAUGUGCAAUACCAGUUUGGUAAUUUAGCACGCCGAUCGGUAUGUCGUGAAAUGUAUUGAUUAAAUCUGAUUUAAUCUGAUGAUUCUCCUUUGUUUGUAGAAAGGAACGUUUAUAGCGUUAGAAACGUGUUGAUAGCGUAAGAGAAUGGGACUUUAGAUAAGAUUCCUAUUACCUGAAAACUGGAGUGAUACAGCAAAUAUCGUGUAAAUAUAACGUUAUGUACUACCUAAUGGUUAUUGUAAUUUAAACAGAUUAAAGCUUUUGAAUGUAUGUGAGUUAUCUAAAAGGAUAUAUCGUAUUUGUUGUUGCAUUAUCUUCACUUUGAGUAUAGGUGCAACUUAUAUAUUUUGAACUGAUAAAUCUCCAAAGCUUACGAAAUCUUUGCUGCGUCUGUGAAAACUUUUCUCCGUUUACUUGUACGCUUCUCUUUUAAUGCAGAACAAAUCGACACGAUUAAAUAGGAACGAAAUAAGAUGUAUAACUAUUCGAUUUGUCAUUUUAUGAUUAUUUAUUCUAAUUAGAAGUUUAUAACGGACGAGAGGAAUUAUCCUAUCGCUAAAUACAUACCUAACGUGCCUAAAAGAUUUUUUCAUGAUUGAGAUAAUACAAAUCUGUACAAAUAAAUAUCUGCGGGCGCAAAACCUUAAAUUUUUUUUACCGCUAAUCAAUAUCUCCGGCGCAAUUUGAGGACACAUAAGCGCAAACACACUUAUAAUUUUUAAUCUAUAUUUAUUAUGAUAUUUAGGCACAAAAUGCUCGAUACAAAAAUUAUAGAAUGUAUUUUAAGUUUAGAUACCAAACUUUACGAAAUGAGAAGAACGUCUCAAACAAUAAAACGUCUGUUUA